AUGCCUACACAGCCGGUGAGGUUACCAUCUAAACCAUCCGUCCAUAAUAACCAAAACAAUGUAUAUCUGGGAGGGGGGGGGGGGGGGGGGCAAUCUGUUUUAUUUGUUCCCACUUGCUUUCCACUAUCACCCAGCCAGUGGCAAGGCUAAACCAAUCCAAGUCUCAUGAUCUCCCUCUCACCGCGAGACACAUGGUGCAACAGACGCACAGGCUGCUACUCUCUCCAUUCUGAUGUAAAUCACAUGGUGCAACAGACGCACAGGCUGCUACUCUCUCCAUUCUGAUGUAAAUCACAUGGUGCAACAGACGCACAGGCUGCUACUCUAUCCAUUCUGAUGUAAACAGACGCACAGGCUGCUACUCUCUCCAUUCUGAUGUAAACAGACGCACAGGCUGCUACUCUAUCCAUUCUGAUGUAAACAGACGCACAGGCUGCUACUCUCUUCCAUUCUGAUGUAAACAGACGCACAGGCUGCUACUCUCUCCAUUCUGAUGUAAACAGACGCACAGGCUGCUACUCUCUCCAUUCUGAUGUAAACAGACGCACAGGCUGCUACUCUCUCCAUUCUGAUGUAAACAGACGCACAGGCUGCUACUCUAUCCAUUCUGAUGUAAACAGACGCACAGGCUGCUACUCUCUCCAUUCUGAUGUAACAGACGCACAGGCUGCUACUCUCUACCAUUCUGAUGUAAAACAGACGCACAGGCUGCUACUCUCUCCAUUCUGAUGUAAACAGACGCACAGGCUGCUACUCUCUCCAUUCUGAUGUAAACAGACGCACAGGCUGCUACUCUCUCCAUUCUGAUGUAAACAGACGCACAGGCUGCUACUCUAUCCAUUCUGAUGUAAACAGACGCACAUGCUGGCCUAACUUCCUCCAUUCUGAAUGUAAACAGACGCAACAGUGCUGCUACUCUAAUCCAUUCUUGAUGUAACAGACGCACAGGCUGCGACUCCUCCAUUUCUGAUGUAAAAACAGACGCACGGCUGCUACUUCUCUCCAGUUCUGAUGUAACAGACGCACAGGCUGCUACUCUGACUCCCCUAUCUCUCUCUCUCUCCAUUCUGAUGUUAAUCACUAUGGUGCUCUCAAUAAAGGAGAUGGUGUUGUGUGUGAGGAUGAGGGAGGUGUGGGGUUGUUUGUGUGUGUGUGUGUGUGUGUGAGGAUGAGGGAGGUGUGGGGGUUUUGUUUGUGUGUGUGUGUGUGUGUGUGUGAAGAUGAGGGAGGUUGUGGUGGGUUGUUUGUUGGUAUGUGUGUGUGUGUGUGAGGAUGAGGGAGGUGUGGGGUUGUUUGUUUGUGUGUGUGUGUGUGUGUGUGUGUGUGUGUGCAGGGGGUGUAGAAUGAUCUGAUCUAUGGCUUUUGGCUACUACCCACCCAUCACUCACCCUUCUCCAUCCCUGGCACUCGUGCAGUGGAACGACCUAAAUAACUUCCUGAAUAGAGAGAAGUAGUAAUGGUGUCUUUUGGAUAAACGCCGAAAACAAGGUCUGUGGUAAACACAGGCUUAGGAGAUCUUCAGCUAACUUCACUUUUUGGGAAUUUUGAAGAAUGUAUUUAAUAAUAAUAAAAAGCACAUGAAGGCUUCAUAAUUCAUAAAGGUCACGUUAACUGACUGAUAUUAUCUCCUAGAACAAAACCUAUAAGAUCUCCGAAGAUGUUAACCUCAGACCUUAUUUUCAGUGUUUAUUCCAGAGCCCCAUUAAUUUCCUCAUAGGGAUGGCUGAACGAACCAGAGGUAGCUCAUUCCUGGGUUUUUAGGACUACACGUGGGUUAUGGGGGAGGGGCCUGGGUCGGUUGUCGGGGGGGUCUGGUUUUCCCCUCCUUUCCUCCCCCUUGUUCCCACUUCCCCCUUUUUCCCCGCUCGCUGGUAUGGGGGGAGUAGAAGCAGAAGGUGGCCUGUUGUGUUGCUCUCUCUCUAUGCCUGGAGUCGGUGUUUCAUUGGGGCCUCUGUUUCUCUCCCCUUCUCUUUCUGCCCCUCCCCUCUUCUUCUCUCUCUCCUUCUCUCUUUCCUCCCCUCCUCUCCUCUCCUCCCUCCUCUCGGCCCCCACCCCCCUCCCCCCUUACCCUUUUUUUCCCACCCCCCCCACCCGUCCCCCCCACUUCGCUUUCCCCCCUCCCCGCCUCCUCUCCCUCCUCUCGGCCCCCCGCCUCGUCCCCCUUCUCUUUUUCCCCCCGAAAAACCCCCCGCCCUCGCCCCCUGCAUUCCCCCCCCUACUCCGGCCCCUUCCUCUCGGCCCCCUCGCCCCCCCCCGUCUCACUCCUCCAUCCCCCCUGUCUGCCCCCCCCCUUUCCGGGUUCUGCCCCCCAGGAGGGCCCGCUCACCCUCCCUCUGUACCCCGGACCCUGGGGUCCGGUCCGCGGGUUCAUCCCCAAACCCUCCUGGUUUGCCGGCUCCUUCCCCCCCCCCUGCUCCAUGCUCUUCCCCCGUAGUGUCUCCUCCCCCUCUCUCUUUCUCAUCUUUCUCGGUUCCUUUCAAAACUAACAAACUUUCCCUCUGCAGCAAAUCCUCGACCCCGUGACGGCCCAUCGGUCUCCGGGGGUUCACGCCCCAGACCAGGGGGGUCCGGUCCUGGACUGUUCCUACCCCCCUUCCCCCGACCCCCCCCCCAACACCCGGGGGCCCCCCUCGCGUUCCCUGGGGCCCUCUUCCUCCCGCCCCUUUCCCGUUGUUUUUUCCCCUUCUUUUUGUUUUUUUCCUCUCUCUGUUUCCCCUCUUUUUUCUUCUCGUUUCCUCUCUCUUCUAUUCUCUUUCCCUUUUCUCUCUUUUUUUUCCCUUCCUUCUUUUCGUUUUUUCUUUUCCUCUCUUUUCCCUUCCUGUUCCUCUCUUUCUCUCCUCAUGUUUAUCACCUCUCGUUCUUCUUUCCCCUUGUUUCUCUUUCUCUGUUUCCUUCUUUUAUUUUCUCUCCUUGUUUUUCCCUCCCUUUUCUUUUCUCUGUUUCCUCUUUUUCCCUUCGGCCUUAUUUUCCUCGACUCUUUCCUGUUUCCCUCUUUUCUUUUUUUCUUUUCCUUUCUUCCCCUCUUUCUUUCCCGUCCCUCUCUCUUUCCCCCUUUUCCCUCUUUUCUUUCCUUCUCUUUCCCUUUGCUCAUCGUGUUCCCCCCUUCUCCCUUUUUCCCUCUCUUCGUUCCCCUCUCUCCCUCUCUUCCCUCCCUGGUCCGUCUACUCUCGGCCCUUCUGCGCCCGAGCUCUCUCUCCAAUUCUCCUUCCUCUCCUCUCGGUCUCUCUUCCCUCGUCUCUCUUUCUCUCCUCUCUCUCUCUCUUUCCUUUUCUCUGUCUUUUCUUUCUUUUCAUAUUUAACUUUCCACAAGGGGAGAAAACCCCAAACCAAACUGUUAUUUACAUCUCUCUUCCUUCCCGAUCUUUCUUUCUCUCCCCAGAGGAAAUACAUAUUCCCCUUCCUGCUCUCUUCUCGUCUGUUCAUCCAACCCCACGAGCUCAUGUCCAAAGUGUGUCACCUAUGUCUGGAACAGCGGAGACUGAGCGACCCUCAGGCAGACACGGUACCUUCUAUACCUCCAUUAUACUCCAUAAUAUUAUACUGUAGUCUAUUAUACUAUAAUAGUACAGACUAAUAUUUAUCCAUUUGUACUAUAUAUACUUCUUGAAGAUAGACCUGCAACGAUAUAUGUUUUCUUCUUCUUUCAGAUGAGGAUCAGGAAGAUGGCUCCGAAGAUCCUCCAGCUGCUCCAGGAGUGGACGGAGACGUUCUCCUACGACUUCAGAGAUGAGAGGUUGAUGAGGAGCCUGAAGGAGCUGACCCAACGCCUGGCCUCGGGGGACGAGGUCAGUCACAGUCAAAUUAUUCAAUCUUUGUCACUGAAGGGAAAUUAAUUGUGCAGCCAGGCGUACGUAAGACGCAGGCGCACAUAAGACACAGGAGCACGUACGAUUCAUAAAUAACAGACACACUCACAAGUUAGUCCGUCGUCCGAUGCCACCUGACCUGUCUUGGAUGUAAAGAUGACAAGAAGAGAAUGCACUGAAAAGGAUCAGGGGGGGGGAAAGGAACAUAAUCAUUUGGGGAAACAGUCCAUCUUCUCCCUUGGAUUAGCAGGUACUGAGUGUAUUUGAGAGGGCAUGUGGAGCCAGGCUACUGCUGGGCUAGAGGUUUCAGGGGGUCGGGUAGCGGGGGAAGUUUGCUCGAGCCACAAAGCAUUUUUUUUUUUUUUUUUUUUUUGCAGAAUCAAAAGAAAAUAGCUUUUGUUCAGCUGCCUGUGCUGGAGGGCAACUUUCUGUAUGCUGCCCUGCUCCUCCUUAGGCUGCAGUCAAAUUGUUCCUCUACUGCUGACUUGAAUGUCACUGGCUUAGCACUGGUUUGCUUUGGUGUGCGUCCCGAAUGGCACCCCAUAGGGCCCUGGUCGAAAGCGCUACACUAUAUAGGGAAUAGGGUGCCAUUCUCUGGUCUAAAGCGCUACACUAUAUAGGGAAUAGGGUGCCAUCUUGGACGCAGCCUUGGUUUGCUUCAUUAUGGCUGUUUUCAUGGUUUUCUUCCAGGGAUGACUUCCUAUGAAAUGCUAGGAAUUCUCUCCUGUUAUCCUCUCUCCUCAAUGGGUGUAAAAAAUGGUACCCCAAACUGCACCACAGCACAUUUAGUACCGUGGCUACUGCUGUUGCCGUUUUAUAAAAACAACAUGAUGAUGAAUCGUAGCUGUGUAAGAACCAAAGAGAGUGGGUGAUAACUUUAGCUGAUGCUGCUAACCCAGAUAAACCUAGCCUUGCUUCAUUUCGUAGCUACGCCGUCUCUUUUUGCUCUUUUUCAUUAUGGACCUAUAGCUCUGUGUUAAGAUGGAUGGUUUUUCACUAUUGAGGAUGUAACUGGAACAUUGGGUCCUUCCCAUAGCCUUGGCAGGCUAAAUCUGUUCCCUUCCAACACCUAUUCAUAGGGUUACAGUGGCUACAUGCCUGGCUCCCAAUGUUAUGUCCCCAAUGUUCUGUCUCCAAUGUUCCAGUUCCAUCCCCAAUGUUCUAUCCCUAAUGUUCUAUCCCUAAUGUUCCAGUUCCAUCCCUAAUGUUCUAUCCCUAAUGUUCCAGUUCCAUCCCCAAUGUUCUAUCCCUAAUGUUCCAGUUCCAUCCCUAAUGUUCUAUCCCUAAUGUUCCAGUUCCAUCCCCAAUGUUCUAUCCCUAAUGUUCCAGUUCCAUCCCUAAUGUUCUAUCCCUAAUGUUCCAGUUCCAUCCCCAAUGUUCUAUCCCUAAUGUUCCAGUUCUAUCCCUAAUGUUCUAUCCCUAAUGUUCCAGUUCCAUCCCCAAUGUUCUAUCCCUAAUGUUCCAGUUCCAUCCCUAAUGUUCUAUCCCUAAUGUUCCAGUUCCAUCCCUAAUGUUCUAUCCCUAAUGUUCCAGUUCCAUCCCCAAUGUUCUAUCCCUAAUGUUCCAGUUCCAUCCCUAAUGUUCUAUCCCUAAUGUUCCAGUUCCAUCCCCAAUGUUCUAUCCCUAAUGUUCCAGUUCCAUCCCCAAUGUUCUAUCCCUAAUGUUCUAUCCCUAAUGUUCCAGUUCCAUCCCUAAUGUUCUAUCCCUAAUGUUCCAGUUCCAUCCCUAAUGUUCUAUCCCUAAUGUUCCAGUUCCAUCCCCAAUGUUCUAUCCCUAAUGUUCUAUCCCUAAUGUUCCAGUUCCAUCCCCAAUGUUCUAUCCCUAAUGUUCCAGUUCUAUCCCCAAUGUUCCAUCCCCAAUGUUCUAUCCCUAAUGUUCCAGUUCCAUCCCCAAUGUUCUAUCCCUAAUGUUCCUGUUCCAUCCCCAAUGUUCUAUCCCUAAUGUUCCUGUUCUAUCCCCAAUGUUAUAUCCCUAAUGUUUUAUCCCCAAUGUUCCAGUUCCAUCCCUAAUGUUCUAUCCCUAAAGUUUCAGUUCCAUCCCUAAUGUUCUAUCCCUAAUGUUCUAUCCCUAAUGUUCCAGUUCCAUCCCUAAUGUUCUAUCCCUAAUGUUCCAGUUCUAUCCCCAAUGUUCCAUCCCCAAUGUUCUAUCCCUAAAGUUCCAGUUCCAUCCCCAAUGUUCUAUCCCUAAUGUUCCAGUUAUAUCCUCAAUGUUCCAUCCCCAAUGUUCUAUCCCUAAAGUUCCAGUUCCAUCCCCAAUGUUCUAUCCCUAAUGUUCCAGUUCCUUCCCUAAUAUUCUAUCCCUAAUGUCCUAUCCCCAAUGUUCCAGUUCUGUCCCUAAUAUUGCAGGAUGCAGGAUUUCAGUCCUUCACGGCGUAGUGUGUUACCAAUAGUUUUCUUGGUGACUAUGGUCCCAGCUGCCUUGAGAUCAUUGACAAGAUCCUCCCGUGUAGUUCUGGGCUGAUUCCUCUCCGUUCUCAUGAUCAUUGCAACUCCACGAGGUGAGAUCUUGCAUGGAGCCCCAGGCCGAGGGAGACUGACAGUUAUUUUGUAUUGGGACAAAUUCACUUAUGUGUAUUAAAGUAGUAAAAAGUUUAGUAUUUGGUCCCAUAUUCCUAGAAUGCAAUGACUACAUCAAGCUGGUGACUCUACAAACUUGUAGGAUGCAUUUGCUGUUUGUUUUGGUUGUGUUGUGUUUCAGAUUAUUUUGUGCCCAAUAGAAAUGAAUGGAAAAUAAUGUAUUGUGCCAUGACGUUUGCAACGCCAGGGUUGUAGGUUGGAUUCCCACGGGGGGGCCAGUAUGAAAAUGUAUGCACUCACUAACUGUAAGUUGCUCUGGAUAAGAGCAUCUGCUAAAUGACUAAAAUGUUAAAUGUAAAUAAGAAUAGAAUAUGUUUCUAAACACUUUUACAUUUUAAUGUGGAUGCUACCAUGUUUUUUUAUUUUUUAUUUAUUUCACCUUUAUUUAACCAGGUAAGCCAGUUGAGAACAAGUUCUCAUUUACAACUGCGACCUGGAUAGUCCUGACUGAAUAAUGAGUGAGAACGUUAGAUGCACAAAUAUCAUAUCCCCAAGACAUUCUAACCUUUCACCAUUACAAUAACAGGGGAGGUUAGCAUUUUAUAUCAUACCCCCAAGACAUUCUAACCUUUCACCAUUACAAUAACAGGGGAGGUUAGCAUUUUAUAUCAUACCCCCAAGACAUUCUAACCUUUCACCAUUACAAUAACAGGGGAGGUUAGCAUUUUAUAUCAUACCCCCAAGACAUUCUAACCUUUCACCAUUACAAUAACAUGGGAGGUUAGCAUUUUAUAUCAUACCCCCAAGACAUUCUAACCUUUCACCAUUACAAUAACAGGGGAGGUUAGCAUUUUAUAUCAUACCCCCAAGACAUGCUAACCUUUCACCAUUACAAUAACAGGGGAGGUUAGCAUUUUUGGAGGGGUAUGAUGUUUGUGCGCCUGGCUCUGUUCAUUAAAACCUGCUGUAAAGGUGUGUAGCUAUGCUGUACUGUAGCAUGUAAACCGUUUUUUUUAUUCCACAUAGUUAUAAUAACAUCACUGAAGUGUUUCAGGAGACCUAUAGACGGGUUAGCUGACAACAUCACGAAAACAAUGCAUGCGCUUCAAAGGGGAAGAAAUGCAUGUCUUGUUGUGAUUCUGGAUAGCUACAAUGAUGAGAAGCUGCCAUAUGGGGAAUUGUAAGUGGCUCGUUUCAUCUCGUUUCAUCUCGUUUCAACUCGUUUCAUCUCGUUUCAUCUCGUUUCAUCUCGUUUCAUCUCGUUCUUGAUACCAUGUCUGAGGUGUUUUGACUGAUGGCACGUCUAUGCUUAUAAGGCUCAAAUUCGCUAGCUAGCUAACCAACAACUGUAACGAUGUAUUUGAGAGACGACAAAUGCUCAUUUUGCAAAUGUUUACAUACACUUACGUUGGAGUCAUUAAAACUCGUUUUUCAACCACUCCACAAAUGUCUUGUUAACAAACUAUAGUUUAAACAAGUCAGUUAGGACAUCUACUUUGUGCAUGACACAAGUAAUUUUUCCAACAAUUGUUUACAGACAGAUUACUUCACUUAUAAUUCACUGUAUCGCAAAGAAAGUUCUUUGUUUCUGGCCAUUUUGAGCCUGUAAUCGAACCCACAAUUGCUGAUUCUCCAAAUACUCAACUAGUCUCAAGAAGGCCAGUUUUAUUGCUUCUUUAAUCAGCACAACAGUUUUCAGCUGUGCUAACAUAAUUGCAAAAGGGUUUUCUAAUGAUAAUUUACCCUUUUAAAAUGAUCAACUUGGAUUAGCAAACACAACGUGCCAUUGGAACACAGGACCAGGGGCGGUGUGUUCAAUAGGGCGAUAUGGGCGACGCACUGCCAAACGGGAAAAGGAAGGGAUUUUUUUUCUAAUCAAUUAUAUCACGGCAAACAGUAGUUAUCAGUGUUCUAAUCUGAUCUGACUGCCACUAAAUGUCAAAUCAGGCUAAAGUCGUGCUUCAAAUGGCCCCGCCCGUUUUUGGGGCGAUUUCAGUCAUGUUGAAAAUCGCCCAGAAGUCUGUCAUAGACUCCCAUGUAAAAUCUAUUUUUUUCAAAUUUCAAAGCUUUCAAUACAAUCUCUAUGGGUGUCUGUGGGCUUGCACUUACGCGCUUUCGUCAUACGUGACGUAACCAUGAACGUAACUAAGAAAAUAGCGGCUAGCAGCGUCUCUGUUGCGACCUGCAGUGUGGCGUUAUCUUAUGUUUUUAAUUUGUACACUUAGUGGCGUUAUUUUAUGUUUUUAAUUUGUACACUUAGUUUACAAACAUUCUGCCAACCAUGGAUUUCCAGUGGUGGGUUUUGGACUGAUCUUGUUGAUCGUGUACAUACCCGCUACGAACGGACUAAAUAAUGAAAACGCUGCUGGCAGCGGAAUCCAAUACAGCUGGGAGACUUGGCUGGAUGACAGAGUCCCGGACAGAGAAGUGGAGCCGGCCGGCUUCACCCUGGUCAGAGCGGACCGCGAUCUGACACAGUCACAGGGAAAAUCGAUCCUGGUAAGAGAGCGACUCUGUACCCCCGACAUUGAACUGCUUUCUGUGUCACUGCGACCUUACUAUCUGCCCCGUGAGUUCCCCCAAUUGUUUGUUACCGUUGUGUACUGUUGAUAAUCACAAGUUUACUGGAGAACUGAGACCAAGUAGAGACUUUGGACAGGGUGGAUAUGGUAUAAUAAAGGCAGUUUAUUCAGAGGUAAAGAUAUCUGGAAUCGCGUGCACGGACUCGUUCGUCAAACUCUUAGGGAGCUAUCUGAAGAGAGCCCCGAAAACAUUGUGUGCAGACAUUUUAUACAAUAAAUGAUGUAGGUUGAAUCUAGUAGUUCUGAUCUUCUGAUUGGUCCUGAUGAGUUGGGCGAGGUCCCCUCCACUGUUGCAUUGGCUCUGAGUCGGGUUCUCUGUCUUCAAAUGUUCAGCCUAAAGAGAGGGGAUUUUUGUGGUGUGUGUGUGUGUGUGUUUAACAGUGAUGAUGUGUGUGUGUGUGUGUGUGUGUGUGUGUGUGUGUUAUCAGUGAUGAUGUGUGUGUGUGUGUGUGUGUGUGUCCUCAGAGCAAGAACUCGUGAGUUGGAAGAACUGAGAGACCUAUGGCGUGGGUGUUGUCCUUGGCCACCUGCUGACAAGGCUGACAAGAUAGGACUCUUUUGUCCAUUGUUAUAGGAUAGGAACAGCAUUGAUUGAAAACAAACGCCCAACACAAAAUGGGUCAUGCACAAGAUUUUAGUCAGACCAAGCUAUAACAUUAUAUAUUUACUACGACAGUACAUUCAACCAAAAGCUAAUAUAACAAAGGCAUCAGAGAUUAUUUAUAAUCUGUCACAGAAACUGGAAUCCAUCUCCCCAGAUCAGUCAAUAAAUGCUUCUGGUAUUGACUUAUAUGCUGCCCCUGUCUUCAUGUUGUUGCUGGACAUAUCUUUUUUAAAAUGUGUGUAGGUCACCUAAAUCAUCAGAAAAAUUGCCCCUCCUGAGAAUUUUUUCAGGAGCCGCCACUGCACAGGACUGAUGGUUGCUGAUAAUGGGCCUCUGUCCGCCUAUGUAGAUAUUCCAUUAAAAAUCUGCCGUUUCCAGCUACAAUAGCCAUUUACAACAUUAACAAUGUCUACACUGUAUUUCUGAUCAAUUUGAUGUUAUUUUAAUAGACAAAAAAAUAGCUUUUCUUUUGAAAACAAAUACAUUUCUAAGUGACACCAAACUUUAGAACAACUGUAUUUGUUUAUGUUUACAUGUAGUUUGCAUGUUGUCAGCAAUCUAAGCGUACCACGUCUGUUUUGCCCCAUAAUUGCGCAUGUGUCGGUUUUGUUGCUAAACAAUCAACCUGUCUAUUUUAUGGAUGUUUUCAGACGGCCGUGAGCUCGAGGGUAGUGGGAUAAACACACACUAACAUCUUAAUGGCAAAAGGAGUGUUCCAGCUCUAGGUGCAGGAUGCACUUAAGUCCUUCUCUCUCUCUCUCUCUCUCUCUCUCUCUCUCUCUCUCUCUCUCUCUCUGGCUCUCUGUCUCUCUGGCUCUCUCUCUCUCUGUGUCUGUCUGUCUCUCUGUCUCUCGCUCGCUCUCUGAGCUAAGUUUUCUGAUUCCAUAACACAGAGAAAGAGAACCUUCUGGCGCUGGUCAGGUGGUCCCCACCAGGAAAUGAUGUCACAGAGCCAGGAAAAAGAAGGGGGGGGGGGGGGGGGGGGGCGUGACUGGCGGCGUGACCGUCUGUUCCCUUCUCUGAUAGGAGGUAUAGAAGACAGCUUAGCCCCCCUGUUCACGAGUAGCUCCCGCUGCUGUGUGGAAAUGUCAGCCUGGUAUCUCCAGGAAUAGUUUCUAAUUUUAGCCAGGCAGAGCCCCCCCCCUUUCUAUCCCUUAACCCUCUGUCUGUGGAGGACAGAAGACUCAACAGAUGGCGGGAUGCUUUGAAGUGGCCCCCGACCCCCAGAUCUGGGAUCAGGUUAGUCUUGCGCUGUCCAGCUGUACUGGAGCAUAACCUGCAAACCAAAACAAUUCGUUGUUAGGAUGUCCCCGGAAUGUCCGGAGGUUGUGUCAUUGUCAAAAAAGGUGUAAUUUGGUUCGCUCUCAAAAAAAAGAUGUUGCAUAAAACUUACAUUAUUAUUCAACAUUUGUAAAUUUAUUUUUUUACUGCGUUAGGGAUAGCGUACACAGACGUUUCGGCUUUACAGCUGUCUUCAGUGUGAUUUUUUUAUUUUAAUUCAAAAACAGCAUUUGUAAAGAACAACCGAUGAGCAGCAGGUGCUUCUAAUCAGGGUUGCCACUCAUCUGCCAAUCAGGGAUCAGGGAUUUUUCUGGUCUACCUGUAUGCAAAUGAGUCACAAAGAGAUACAGAUUUAUAGGGUACGGGAGCGAGGCACGAAGGGCAACUCACAAAAUCAACCGCCCCAGGUGUCCGCUCACCUAAAUACAUCACAUUAAAUCAUGAGAUGGCCCACCGCAAAGGACAUCGGCCACAGCCGUUCAUAAAUAUGUGGGGCCAACUCAUAAAAGAUAUGCAAAAUCUGAUAUGGACAGUGUUCUUGUAUAACGGUCUAAAUUUGGCCUAUAGGAAGGAGGUGAAAUCUAAUUGUUGGCAGAUGAGUGGCAACCCUGAACAGAAGCACCUGCUGCUCAUCGGUUGUUCUUCACAAAUGCUGUUUUGAAUUAAAAUAAAAUUGUACCUUCACACUGAAGAAGCAGAAAAAUAACUGAAUAAUGAAGUAAGCUUUAUGCGACAUAUUUUUGAGUGCAAACCAAUUACACCUUUUUGAUGGAUGGUGAAAGUCCCAAGAUAUUGUGUACAUAUAUAACAUAUAUACUGUAUAACCGCCAAGGCACUACAGAGGGUAGCACGUACGGCCCAGUACGUCACUGGGGCCAAGCAUCCUGCCAUCCAGGACCUCUAUACCAGGCGGUGUCAGAGGAAGGCCCUAAAAAAUUGUCAAAGACUCCAGCCACCCUAGUCAUAGACUGUUCUCUCUGCUAACGCACGGCAAGCGGUACUGGAGCGCCAAGUCUAGGUCCAAAAGGCUUCUCAACAGCUUCUACCCCCCAAAGCCAUAAGACUCCUGAACAGCUAAUCAAAUGGCUACCCGGACUAUUAGCAUUGUCCCCCCCCACCCACCCCCUCUUUUACGCUGCUGUGACUUUAACUAUACCUACAUAUACACUACCAGUCAAAAGUUUGGACACACCUACUCAUUCAAGGAUUUUUCUUUAUUUUUUUAACUAUUUUCUACAUUGUAGAAUAAUAGUGAAGACAUCAAAACUAUGAAAUAACACAUAUGGAAUCAUGUAGUAACCAAAAAAGUGUUAAACAAAUCAAAAUAUAUUUUACAUUUGAGAUUCUUCAAAUAGCCACCCUUUGCCCUUGAUAACAGCUUUGCACACUCUUGGCAUUCUCUCAACCAGCUUCAUGAGGUAGUCACCUGGAAUGCAUUUCAAUUGUACGUAUUACCUCAAUUACCUCGACUAACCGGUGCCCCCGCACAUUGACCCUGUAUAUAGCCUCGCUACUGUUAUUUUUACUGUUAUUUUACUGCUUUUAUUUUUUACUUAUCUAUUGUUUACUUAACACUUAUUUGUCUUAAAACUGUAUUGUUGGUUAAGGGCUUGUAAGUAAGCAUUUCACUGUAAGGUCUACACCUAUUGUAUUCUGUGCAUGUGACAAAUACAAUUUGAUUUGAUAUAACAUGUGCUGUAUAACAUUGAAGUCAUCCAAGUGUACUUACAAUUGUACUUAAUGCCCCAGUGCUGAGGUCAGAGUUCUACUAAAUGUCAAAUUAUUAUUAGAUUACUAGUGUACUACUAGGUUACUGUAGAGAGUAGUACUACUAGGUAUACUGUAGAGAGUAGUACUACUAGGUAUACUGUAGAGAGUAGUACUACUAGGUUACUGUAGAGAGUAGUACUACUACGUUACUGUAGAGAGUAGUACUACUAGGUUACUGUAAAGAGUAGUACUACUAGGUUACUGUAGAGAGUAGUACUACUAGGUUACUGUAGAGAGUAGUUACUACUAGGUUACUGUAGAGAGUAGUACUACUAGGUUACUGUAGAGAGUAGUACUACUACGUUACUGUAGAGAGUAGUACUACUAGGUUACUGUAAAGAGUAGUACUACUAGGUUACUGUAGAGAGUAGUACUACUAGGUUACUGUAGAGAGUAGUACUACUAGGUUACUGUAGAGAGUAGUACUACUAGAUUACUGUAGAGAGUAGUACUACUAGGUAACUAGAGAGUAGUACUACUAGGUUACUGUAGAGAGUAGUACUACUAGAUUACUGUAGAGAGUAGUACUACUAGAUUACUGUAGAGAGUAGUACUACUAGGUAUACUGUAGAGAGUAGUAUACUAGGUACUGUAGGUAGUACUGUAGAGAGUAGUACUACUAGGUUACUGUAGAGGUAGUACUACUAGGUAUACUGUAGAGAGUAGUACUACUAGGUUACUGUAGAGAGUAGUACUACUAGGUUACUGUAGAGAGUAGUACUACUAGGUUACUGUAGAGAGUAGUACUACUAGGUUACUGUAGAGAGUAGUACUACUAGGUUACUGUAGAGAGUAGUACUACUAGGUUACUGUAGAGAGUAGUACUACUAGGUUACUGUAGAGAGUAGUACUACUAGGUUACUGUAGAGAGUAGUACUACUAGGUUACUGUAGAGAGUAGUAGUGAGUGAUGUAAUGCAGUAGUAAUGACCUGGAGGGAGUUAAAGUUGUCAUCUGGGGUUAAUCCCCGUGGCGGAGAGCAUUUAAUCUCCACCACACACAAAAGUGGGAUUACAGUGGGAUUGAAGAUUAUUCUCUAUAAUCUAGAUUAGUCUCUCUCUCUCUCGCCAGCUCCGAGCGCCACUCCCUCUCCCUGCAGCCCGUCUCUUUCUAAGCUCUCUAUCUCUCUCUCUUCCCCCUACCAUUGGCUGCUUGUUAAGGCUGUAAUAUAUCCAGUUUAAGUGGUGAUUGGCUUGAGUUGCCAAGGUGAGUGGUGUGAGAGAGAAAUCUGAUUGGUGGACACUAACACACAUCAAACAUACAGUAUGAAGGAAAGUUUGUUGAGCAAACUGCUGCUUUCCCGCGCAGGCCUGAACUUUUUUUGUAGAACCUAGUUUCCCUUGGCUUGAAUUGGCAGACAGGAGGUGGAGGGAGACGGGAUGUGGAGGAAGACGGGAUGUGGUCACAGAAAGCGAAGAAGAGGCCCCCUUCUCUUUUCUUUAACCUCAUACCAGGGGCCAUGACCGGGAGUUCGCUCUCCACACGACUCCUCCCUUCUAUCCUCCUUAUAAAGUAGUAGAGUAAUGCAGAACAGCUGGUAACAAAAACUCAAGAACUGACGCCCAACGAAAAAAAGAGAGAAAGAAACAGAAAGAGAAGGCGAGAAAGAAAGAGGAAGAGAGCGAGAAAAAAGAGGAAGAGCCGAAAGAAAGCGAAAGAAAGCCAGGAAGGAGGAGAAAGAAGAGAAGAGCAGAGAGAAAGAAAGAAGAGGAGAAGAGCAGAAAGAACCAGAACGGACGAGAGAGAAAGACAAGAAGCGAGAGAGAGAAAGAAAGAGGAAGAGAGAAAGAGAAGAGGCAAGAGAUGAGAAAACAAUCGGGAAAGAGAGAAGAAAACAAGGAAGCAGACCAGAAGAAAGAGGAAGAGAGAAAAGACAAGCUGAGCAGAAAGCACAGAAAACAGAAGCGGAAGAGCGAGAGCAGAAAGACGACGCAAGAGAACAAGAAAGCCCAGGCAGAGAGAGAAAAGACACAGGAACGAAGGCCAAGAAACGAAAGAGGAAGAGAGAGACAGAACAAACAGAGCAGAAGAGCAGAGAAAGAAAGACGCGAACAGCAGCAGAAAGAAAGAGGCAAGAGAGAAAGAAAGAACAGGGAACGCUGA